CUCUCUCUCUCUCUCUCGUCUUAUGGUUUCUUCCGAUCUUCUAGAUCUGGAAUCCGUCUAUCCAAAUUGACUGCAGAAAUCCGUCGGGUUUUGGAUCGCUUCUUCUUGUUCCUAGGUCUUCUUUGCGAUCGUCCUUUGAUCCCUUUGAUCUGCAACGAUGGCGGAGGAAACGGUGACGUCGAGAUACGUGAAACUGAACAAGAUCCAUGAUGCGCCGAUGGAGGAGAUCCGUCCCGGAGAGCUCAACCAGCCCAUUCGCGUCCCUCAGUUGGAGAUUCAGAAAUGUAUUGAAUGUGGGCAACCUCUGCCAGAGAGCUACCAGCCACCGGCGGAUGAACACUGGACAACCGGGAUUUGUGGAUGUGCCGAGGAUGCCGAGAGUUGUUGGACCGGGCUGUUCUGUCCUUGUGUCUUGUUUGGGCACAAUGUAGAGAGACUUAAAGAAGAUAUACCAUGGACUACUCCUUGUGCAUGUCAUGCUGUUUUUGUCGAAGGUGGAAUUGCAUUGGCAGUUGCUACAGCAGCAUUCCAUGGUGUUGACCCAAGAACCUCAUUCUUGAUUGGAGAAUGUUUAAUGUUCUCUUGGUGGAUGUGUGGUAUUUACACUGGUAUUUUUCGUCAAUCACUGCAGAAGAAGUACCAUCUCAAGAACUCUCCAUGUGACCCUUGCAUGGUGCAUUGCUGCAUGCACUGGUGUGCCAUCUGCCAGGAGCAUCGCGAAAUGAGAGGUCAUCUCUCUGAUAAUGUCGAAACGCAGCCGAGCGUCAUCAAUCCACCUCCUACGCAGGAAAUGGCUGCUAAUGAGGGUCAUGAUUCGGGAGUCUCUGCGAACCAGCGCUCUGUUUAGUGGUGCAAGCUCUACGGUAUACUUAGGUUCCAUCAUACAAAUGAUUAGCAUUCCUGGAGAGAAUAGAAAAUGCUGAGAUUGCAGCAUCACCGUGAACCCAUCUCUCAUUUUUGUUCUUGUUUUCGAAUGGUUUAGACUUUUAACUUUUCUGGAUGUAUCCGUUUAAGAAACUUGUUUCUGCUACUUCUUGUGAUGUUCUAAUGCCAGUGGCUGGUCGGCAGAAUGCCUUAUUUCA